CCUUGUGAUUUUGCUGAAGAAGACAGUUAGGUGUUAUUUCUGUUUUUGGUAUCAUUUGAGCUUUUACAAAAGCAAACGCACUUAUAGUUUUAAGUGCUUAACACGAGAGAAUUGUUUGGUUUACAUUGAAGAAGCCACGUGUACAAACACACGAAACACGCACUACACUCACGGCUUUUCUUAGCCACGUUACCGCUUCAACUCUUAGCGUGCGCCAUUCUUCCACUGUGCUUACGCCGGCAGAGAUUCCUCCUUCAUCGAUCCGAUCGGAGAAACCCUAGCCUUUUCCGGCGCCGUCAAUUGAAAAUUCCGAUUAUUGAUAAUCACGUUAUGAUCUUCCAAUUGUAGAAGGAUAGAGUGAAUUGUAGCAAUUCGAAGAUGCAGAGACGAAGUCCUCCAAAGCAUAGACACGAUGGGACUUCGCCGCUGCCUCUUGGCAUGGAUUGGAGUCCUGCACCUCGAAAAUGGAAUGGGCGGGAUACCGAAUGGCCACACAAUCAUCGUACCGGUUGGAGUUAUUGCGUCAUAAUACCUUCUUGGGUCUUCGUGCCAAAAUCAAAGAAUUCAGAUCCUAUAGUGUUCUACAGGCUUCAAGUUGGUAUACAAUCACCAGAAGGGAUUACAAAUAUCCAUGGAGUACUACGAAGGUUCAAUGAUUUUUUAAACUUGUAUGUUGAUCUUAAAAAGGAAUUUCCUGGGAGAAAUAUCCCUCCAGCGCCACCCAAGGGACUCAUGCGACUGAAAAGCCGAGCUUUGUUGGAAGAGAGAAGGCGCUCUUUGGAGGAGUGGAUCACCAAACUAUUGUCUGACAUUGAUAUAUCAAGAUGUGCACCGGUGGCCUCAUUUUUUGAGCUAGAAACUGCUGCUAGAUCUUCAUUUCAAGAUGCAAGCCAGCAGAAUUCAGUUAAAGAUCCCGAUUCCAAUAACAGAGAUUAUUCGGUGCAAUCAUCUCUCCAUUCGGGCUUAUCAUUAACUGCUGGAAGUUCAUCUGUUGCAUCAGAUUAUGGUAGUGAUACACCAUAUGAUGCAUCGGAAGUAGGAACUCCAAGAAUUGGACAGGAUGAUAAUUCUGAAGUUGGGACAGAUGAUCUGACACUAGAUGAAGAUACAACGAAUCCAAUUGAGAAGCUUGUAAAAUAUGGCAUAUCAAAUAUUGAUGAGGGUUUGUUUAUGGGUCAGACUAUUCUAGAGCAAUUAGAAGGACUUCCUAGGCAUAAAGUAAAUGCCAGACAUGGGAACAAUGUUACAGGGAAAGACAGAAGUAAUGGUAAUUCAUAUGAUUCUUCACUUCUAGGUAAUAAUACCAUGGAGCUUUUCUCUCAGCCUGGGCAUGCUAAAGUUUUGGGUCACAUUCGUAAGCUUUCAAACGAAAGUGUUGGAAGUGAUGGAAGCUCAAUACGAGGUAGUGACAUUUCAAAUUUUGGGAUUCCAAAUUCAUCUGGUGAUGGCUCUGUCGACCUUCCUGGAUCUGCUUCGGUUUCGAGAGAAACAGAUAUUGUGGGCCACACAAAAUUGAAAAGUUCUGGUGAUGCUCAAUUAGUCCUUCCGCUAGAUCAACGCAAUAAACUGAACAGAAUUCUUUCGACCAUGCAGAGAAGGCUAGUCACUGCAAAAACUGAUAUGGAGGACCUUAUAGUUAGAUUAAAUCAAGAAAUAGCUGCAAAGGAUUUUCUUACGACAAAGGUCAAGGAUUUGGAAGUUGAACUUGAAACUUCUAAGCAAAAAAAUAAGGAGAACUUGCAGCAGGCUAUUCUGAUUGAGAGGGAAAGAUUUACUCAAAUGCAAUGGGAUAUGGAGGAACUUAGACGGAAGUCACUGGAAAUGGAGAUGAAACUUAAGUCUGAAUCGGGUGGAAAUGUUGGCCAGGAUUUGACAAAGGAAUCAAUUGUUCAGCAGAACGAUGUGCUGUUGCAGGAUUUAGAUGCUGCUAGAGAGCAGCUGGAAAUUUUGUCAAAACAGUAUGGUGAGCUAGAAGCAAAAUCCAAAGCAGAUAUUAAAGUUCUGGUUAAAGAGGUCAAAUCUCUCCGUAGUUCCCAAACAGAAUUGAAGAAGGAACUUAGUGAGUCCAUAAAGGAGAAAUAUGAAGCUGAGAAACUGCUACUUCACGAAAGAGAGAAGAGCGAACAGGCAGAAAUUGCUUGGAGAAAACAGCUUGAGAAAUGUGGGCUUCUUUUGAAGCAGCUUCAAGAGUGUAGUGUUGAGCUUCCUUACGAAGAUGAGGACAGGACAUUCUUGCAGUCAUCAUCUUCAACUGAUGCUUUUAAUAAAUUAAAAACAUCUGAUGACCAAAUUGACAUCCUACUAGCAGAGGUAGAAAACCUAGAGAAGGACGCCGGAAGUGCAGCUUCUAAUGUAGAUAAAACCAAUGACAUAAAAGAUGGUGUAAUCUGUGGUGAUGAAAUGAGAAAGAUCAUAUCUGAUUUGUUCUUGGAUAAUGUUAGAUUGAGAAAACAGACAAACCGUGUUACAAGGCAUGCUCUCAAAUUGGAUAUGACAGCAAGUGUUGAUUCUCCUUCUAUUGAAAAUGUAACAAACAUUUAGAAAUAUAUGUGAAGUGUUAUCAUAUAAUGUUCUUCCACUUUUGACCUUGACUCCACUGUUUCUCAUCCUGGCGGAUGAGUGAAUCCUAUAGGUGAGUUAAUUUUACACUGAACACAGUAGCUCCCCAGUGUAUGUAUACCUGUACGAAUAAUUAUUUUGCACACAUAUACGAGCCUUUGCAUUGAACCUU